CCCCCCCCCCCCGGGGGAGACACUUAAAGGGCCGUCUCGCUAGGCGGUAGCGGGAUGUCCCCGCACUGACCGCCCUGGGCCCGCGCCCGCCCGCGUAAACGCGCCCGGCCCGACCCCGCGCCACCAUGUAAACGGCGCCCGCAGGCGGACGCCGGCUUCUCCGCCCGGGACCCCUUUGCCCUGCCCCGGGCCCCAGGGCCCUCGAUGAGUUGCCAUGGACACGGAGUGAGGGCCGUGGAGCCCUCAUGGAGCGGGAUGGAGGCCUGGAGGCCCCCAGCCAGGGCUUUACCUUCUCCAUCCUCAUCUCCACCACUGGGGGCUGUGUGCCAGAUUCCCAAGAACCCAAGGACACACCAUGCUGACCGGGGUGACCGAUGGGAUCUUUUGCUGCCUGCUGGGCGCGCCACCCAAUGCUGUGGGGCCCCUGGAGAGUGUGGAGUCUAGUGAUGGCUACACCUUUGUGGAGGUCAAGCCUGGCCGCGUGCUGCGGGUGAAGCAUGCUGGACCCGCUCCGCUCCCCACCCCACCUCCACCACUGUCAGACGCCGCCCAGGGGGACCAAUCUGGCUUGGUCCACUGCCAGCGCAGAAUCACCGUGUACCGCAAUGGGCGGUUACUGGUGGAGAACCUGGGCCGGGCACCACGAGCUGAUCUCCUGCACGGGCAGAACGGCUCUGGGGAGCCACCAGCCGCCCUCGAGGUAGAGCUGGCUGACCCAGCGGGCAGCGAUACCCGCUCGGGCCCAGGCAGUGCUGGGAGUGGCAGUGGCGGACGACGGCGGCGAGCCCGACGCCCCAAGCGGACCAUCCACAUUGACUGUGAGAAGCGCAUCACCAGCUGCAAGGGCGCCCAGGCCGAUGUGGUGCUCUUUUUCAUCCACGGUGUCGGCGGUUCCCUGGCCAUCUGGAAGGAACAGCUGGACUUCUUUGUGCGCCUGGGCUACGAGGUGGUGGCGCCCGACCUGGCCGGCCACGGGGCCAGCUCAGCGCCCCAGGUGGCCGCCGCCUACACCUUCUAUGCACUGGCAGAGGACAUGCGUGCCAUCUUCAAGCGCUAUGCCAAGAAGCGAAACGUGCUCAUUGGGCAUUCUUACGGUGUCUCCUUCUGCACGUUCCUGGCUCAUGAGUACCCAGAUCUGGUGCACAAGAUGAUCAUGAUCAACGGCGGGGGCCCUACGGCACUGGAGCCCAGCUUCUGCUCUAUCUUCAACAUGCCCACGUGCGUCCUGCACUGCCUGUCACCCUGUCUGGCUUGGAGCUUCCUCAAGGCUGGCUUCGCCCGCCAAGGGGCCAAAGAGAAGCAGCUGCUGAAGGAGGGCAAUGCGUUCAAUGUGUCUUCCUUUGUGCUUCGGGCCAUGAUGAGUGGCCAGUACUGGCCCGAGGGCGAUGAGGUCUACCAUGCCGAGCUCACCGUGCCCGUCCUGCUCGUCCAUGGCAUGCACGACAAGUUUGUGCCGGUGGAGGAAGACCAGCGCAUGGCUGAGAUCCUGCUCCUGGCCUUCCUGAAGCUCAUCGAUGAAGGCAGCCACAUGGUGAUGCUGGAGUGUCCGGAAACGGUCAACACGCUGCUCCACGAAUUCCUGCUCUGGGAGCCCGAGCCCUCGCCCAAGGCCCUGCCCGAGCCCCUGCCCACGCCCCCAGAGGAAAAGAAGUAGCCGCUGAGCUGGCAGGGUAGCGCUUAGUGAGCCGAGGAGCCUGAGGAGGGGCCCGGAGCCGGAGUUGGGUCUGCCGCCCGCGAGGACCACCUGGGCGGGCCGUUCGCUCCAGUGGGCGGGGUCAGGUCAGAGAGACGCCCCCCAGGCCGGCUGGGCAGGACGUGGCGUUCGUGGGAGCCAGGUGGACACACCGCUCUCUGCUAGUCCUGCGGGACCCAUCGGUUUUUCGGGGCCAUAGCCGGGACCCCCGCGGAGGAUGACCUUGUACAGAAGCCCCCUACCCCAAAACGCCAGGGCCGAGGCAGGCCACCACCCCGCUCUCUGUCUUCCGUGUUCGCCGUGCUUGAUCCUGGGACCCACGAGCCCCGCAGGGACCUUCGAGACCCCGCCCCAAUGCCCGAGACCCCUUACCACCCCCCAUUCCUCGGCGCUGGGAGCUAUUGUGGCCCAAGGAGGGAGGGUUUGGGAGGGGCUGGCACCACCGAACCCGCACAUCUCAACUUGUAACUCAAUAAAAAGUGACAAUCUGA